AUGAUACAAUACAACGCAACACAAUACUUCAUCACGGAGUAUGAUCGAGUUGCAUCGACAUACCCUCCCAACAACACAUUGCUCACACAUUCAAUCGAGUACAACAAUCAACGAGUGUUUGAUCAUCUGCUACAGAAUACGAACAUGUCGAUACCGAUGAAGUACGGUGAGAAGGACAUAUACACUGACGUGAUCACCGCUGUUGUCACGAGUGGCAACGUGUACAUGCUUCAGACCUUCUUCGACAUGACUGGACAUGGCUUUAUCAAAGGUCUCAAAGGUAGACAUCUAGGGAUCGCCCUCAGUCACAACAACGAACACUUUGCUCGACUGUUACUUCAACAUUUAAUCGUUCCUUUUGGGUCGCUCAAGUGCGAUAUGACAGGGCCAGGUAUAAAGGUCAACAUGCUCCGUCUGCUCAACGAGGAGUUUGCCAUCCACCGUAUGCUGAACAAUUCAGAAUCAUGGUUAUCAAUAGUCGAGAAGACGAUAUCCUGUGAUAUGGCCGAGAGUGUUGAAUACCUCUUGAAUCAUAUGCCAUCAGACAUUACAACAUCAAAUCGAUGGUCUAGAUUCAUUCGAAAAUGUUGCAGCAAUGGAUAUAUCGACACUCUCAAGGUUAUCAUUCAACAUCCCAAUGUGACUGGAGAAUACAAAGUAAUCAACAAAAGAUGUUUGGGUGAUGCUAUCGACUCUGGACAAGUUCACAUUGUCAAGUAUCUCAUCGACGAGCACCUGGACCUCAUCAGCGACGCCAUAGCAUCAUCAAAGAAAAUGGUGGAGAGUGCAAUGGAUCUAGGACAUCUUGGUAUGAUCGAUAUGUUGCUGGACGAGAUGACCAACAACACCAAUGUCAAGUUUGCCAUGCAAACGGUGGAUCAUAAGGACUUGAGCAAGGUCCCAUUACUGUUGGAGGCAGUCAAGUGUGACAAUAUCAGUGUUGCUCAACUCAUACUGAAAGAAUGUGAUCCUUUGGCACAAGGCGAGUGGACAGACGAGGUUGAAUCGAUUUUGUUGAAUACGAUGACACACGAGAUGGGCAUGCUGAUUGCCAGCCAGAAACACCGUCCUCUCCCCCUCACUGAUCGCACCCUCAAAAAAAUGAUGAAUAAGCUCAAUGACCGAGAAGGCAAGGUGACAGUCGAGCUGGUCAAGACACUCAUCAGCAACAAUCACUUUGGCCACGAUCUCGAGAAGUAUUCAAAACUUGCAGGUCACUCUUUGGAGUUAAUGCAACUGGUCACGCGUGAAGGCAACUACACGUUUGACUAUUUGGAGGACGCCAUCAAAAAAGGCAACGUGGAGUGCAUCAUCUAUCUCUCCACGCACGUCCAGCCAUCAGAUAAUGAUUUUGACAAUGAUUAUCAGCAAUACAUCAUGGACGAAGCGAUUAAGAGUUGCACAUUGGAUACAGUCCGAGCGAUCUUUGAUCAUUUGGCCGAGCGCCCCACCAAGAUCCCCCUACUUUCAUUCAACAGCUUGGAGUGCGCCAUCAACAACACCACAGAGGUGUUUGAGUUUGUGCUCAACAGACUGAUGGACAGAAAGGUGUGUGACCCAGGAAUGAUGGACAAGGCAUUGUGGAUUGCUUGUAAGGAGAACAAUCUAUUUGUGCUCAAGAUACUCGUUGAUCCAAAGAUCGGUGGAGUUGUAAGUCUUGAACAUUACGAUAUUGCCGCGACUUCCAACUCGUAUCAAGUGAUUGAGUACCUUCUCAAGACAUGGCCAUCAUCACCAUUCAUCAUCAACAUGACCAACGAACGACGACUGCGCACGAUCAACACUGUUCUCAACAUUGCCUAUGGUCAUGGUUUCAUCCGAAUCAUCAAUCUGUGUCACUCAAUUUUCAAAGACAUCCGCUCGAUCAAGAAUAGAUGUCUGGACGUGCGUGGAGAGAUAGAUGAUGAUCAUCUCACUCUUGACAAGAUGGACUUGAUCAUUCCGACAUCAACAUCAUCAUCACGAAUGUCAACAGCAUUCCACAUGGUGUUCAGAGACAAACGAUUGGGCAUGAUCAUCAUGAGAAUGAUUGGUGACUUGUACAGGACUUCAUUUGGAAUCAAAGAUUGUCAACUGAUCAAAGGCAAACAACUGGUGGACAGUGACAUAUUGGUGGACUUUAUCAAGUAUGGUGCCAAUGAAUGGUUCAUCAAGUCAUUCAACUCUGUCUCCAACAUAUAUCCAUUCAACUCUCAAAUGAUAAGUUACGCUAUCAUAUACGCCAAUGCUCCCAUCCUCGACAUUCUUUUGACCAACACCAACAUGACAUUUGCAAUCGACUCAUCACUACCGGACAUGUUAUUGACCUAUUUGAAACAGAAUGGCCCAUACUACAAGAAUGCUGGUUGGGACAGUAUUAUUAGUGUGGUCAAGUCGAGCAUUGGGCGAUCAACACUGGCAGUCAACAAUCAGACCUUUGCUCAAACCGAAGAUGGCAGUCGUAUUAUCAAAAUAUUGACUGGAAGUGAGAACAUUGAACAUUGGUUGGCAUUGGAUCACGACAUAUUGAGAGAGGCAUUCAGUUUGAUAACGGAUGAGAUGGAAAGGUUCAUUGCUGAAUUAUCCAAAGAUGACGUGUUGACCAAAGAAGAUUUCGACAUGAUAGAAGUAUUCAGUGCGAGUAUAUACAGCAAUCCUAUUGUUGCUGGGUGCAUGCUCUUAAGCUGUGCCGAUCAUGGUCUUCAGGAAGACCUCGACCAUAUCCUCCGUUACAUUCCUGCCAGCCAGCUACCACCAAACAGAGUAAUGAACUCAUUUUCUGAAGCGGUCCGCUAUGGACACUUUGAAUUUGCCAAGCGACUGUUCACAAUCAUCACCAACGAUCUCCCUACAGACGAAAUGGAGAUAAUUGAUCCACUCUUUUUAUUGAACGACAAACUGAAGCAAGGUCUCCUGGAUCAGGCAAUGUUCUUGUGUGAUCUGCCCAACAACAACAACCCCAACAAUGGUCGUAACACAUCAGUGGUGGACAUUCACCCGAGAAUCCUCUCCAUUGGCCUGCUGCGACGAUUGAUGGCACAUCCAAACAUCAGAUGCACCUUUCAAUCAGUGAUGGCACGUGCCAUACUAAAUGGCGACAAGGACUGCAUUGAUCUUUUGGAGCUCAAUCAAGAUCUAGUGUUCGAGACUGACUACCGACAAGCACUGUGGGCGGCAGCAAGGAUUGGCGAUGUUGCCCUCGUCGACAUGAUCAUGACCAGACACCCUCGUGGUUGCAUGCCUCUCCAAGAUGUUGAAGAGUACGGAAAUGAGUUCUCACCAAUCAAACGAGCGAGACAUAGAGCAGCCUUAUGGGCGUGUGUUGAACCUGCGGUUGGACUGGUGAUGGCACGACACAUUGCAUCAGGCAACAUUAACAAAUUUGGCAUCGACACUCUGAGCAAUAUCAUGGAAUCGACCUGUUGUCCACAGACCAAGAUGACUUAUGAGGUUGUUCAAGCAUUCAUCAAGAGUUGGCUGGAAACAACCAACAACGACCAAGACAUCAUCGACAUCUUAAAGAAUGCAGCAUCACACUCAUACUCACUGAUCAAGUUGAUGCACACGAUCUUCAUCGAAGCCAAUCACAGAUUGUUGUUCACUCGAGCGAUACCUCAAUGUGCACAACGUGGUGACACUCAAACAAUCAAGUUCAUUCUUGAUGUGGCACAAGACGCUACAGCAGCCACUGGAAAUGGUCCACUCAAUCUCAACCUCAAUGUACUGACUGAUCUCAAGUCGAUCAAGAUCAGCGAUGUUGAUGUGAUGACCAUGCUCAUGGACACUGGAAUCAUUCAGAACACUCAACAAUACCAUCCAAUCAUUGUUGGUGUGUUGGAUCAUGCUUGCUCCAAUGGACUUGUGGACAUGAUGACAUUCAUCGACCAACAUCAAACAGACAUUCGACUUGUUCCAUCACUUCAAUCAAUUGAUAAGAUAGUUAUACAUAAAGUAUUGAUAGACACAUCAUUGUGUCAGUUGAUAUUCAAACAUGUUAAUAUCAUUCAUCAGAAGAUCAUCAAGUCAGACAGGUGCGGCAAAGACACAUCAACGACAACAACAACGACAUUGAUCAAGUCAGUGAUCAAGGGCAAACAGUUACUCGACAGGGGUGAUCUCAAACUGAUGCUAAGGUAUAAUGCCACUCAAUACUUUAUCGAGGAGUAUGAUCGUGUUGCAUCGACGUACCCUCCAAACGACAUACUGCUCGAGAAAGCAAUCACCUUCAACAAUGUACGCGUGUUUGAUCAUCUACUGCGCAACACCAACAUGUCACUACCGACAGAGCACUCGGAUGAUAAGUUGUACAACUCGAUGAUCACUAGUUUGAUCAGGAAUGGCAGUGUGCACAUGCUUCAGACCUACCUAGAUAUUACCGCCCAUUGCAAGUUGUCUCCAAUCACACACGAUCACAUACUCAUGGCCAUCAAUCAUAACAAUGAACAAUUUGUUCAAUUGCUAUUGCAAUAUGCCAUUAUCGAGAAUGACGAUGAUCAAGAUGAUGAUCAUGAUGACAAGUAUCUGACUUUGCCCGGUGUCAACAUCAGCAUGCUCCAUCUCCUCAACAACAUCAACAACAACAUACUACAACAGGAAUACAUAUGGAAGGAGAUUACACUACAUAGUGUACGCAACAACAUGUUGGAGAGUGUACAGUACCUUCUAGAUCACAUCCCAACAAUACUGCCCAUGGAUGAAGUGAUUGAGUUGGUCCAGGACGACUACAUUGAAAAGUGCUGCAAUUUUGGCCACUUUGAGAUACUCAAAGUGUUGGUUCAUUAUCUGGAGAAGGCAGCGGAUGAUGGGCAUGAGGCCAAAGUCAUUAUCAAUCUUGGGCCUGCCGUGACCAGAGGACAUGCCAACUUCAUCAAAUCAAUCUACGAUCAAGGCUAUGCUGGCUACAUCUCGGACCAGAGCACGAUAUGCAUGGAUGCAUUGAUCAAUGGCCAUGUCAACGUGGUCGAGCUUUUCCUGAAUGAUGAGUUGGUCAAUCUACCCAUGCAAAGCCAAUCAGGAGAGACGUAG